GAUGUGCAUUUCCAGCGGUGCGAACGUGUUGCGGGCGCGUCAGCCGGCCCAGUAGCCAAACAGCCAAAGUAAACAGCCAAGACUCACUGACACUUAGCCAAAGAAAAAGCGCCAAAUCGUGUCGAGAAAUGCCCACGCCCGACUGAGUGUGGCUUGUGAGGCGCGCGAGUCCCCAAAAGAAAACUGUCCACAAAUCCAUUGUAAAUAAGUGAGCUAUUUAUCUGAGCGGAUUACAAACUGUUGAUCGAGUGCAAAUCGAAUACGUAUACGAAAAAAGCGAACGGACGGAAGUGCGGCGAAGGCGCAAUGUGAAUGCAGAUCGGGCACAUCCAUGGCAUCGAGAUCGAGAUAUCGAGAGUGGGGUUCAAGUGGUGCCCCGGUGGCGGGUCCCUGUUGUAUAUAGUCAGUCUUAAUCCAUAGUAUACGUUUAAUCUGCGUGUGUGUGUGUGUGUGUAGUUCACUCUCGCUCACUCUCGCUCACUCUCUUUCUCACUUGCUCUAUCUCUCUCACUCACACUCUAUCUGUAUUUCUUCAUGUGUGUCGGUCUAUGUGUGUGUGUUUAUCCAGCAACAACAAUAACUAAAACAAACAAAGAAGAUAUUGUAUAUGAAUGUAUUAUUCAAAUAAAUAAUAAUAUUAAUAAUUAAUAGUUAUAUGAAAGCCGCGCGCGUUUUACGCUCACGCGACUUCAAAACGCUUCGCACAUACACAAGUUUCGGUGCAAAACGGGUAAAAACAUAAUCGAAUAAUUGCAAAUCGCAAAACUAUGCUAGGCAUUAGAUAAAUUAAUAGAUUUAAUGGGGUGUUGGAACUGAAUUCCGAACGUAAUUGAAACGCACGCAAGCGAAUGCUAGAUUGCCGGCCGCAUUUUCAAAUUUAAUUAUAAAUACACACACACACCUACAUAUAAAUAUAUGCAUAUAUAUAUUUAUUUAUAAAUACAAACAAAAUAUAAAUUCAUAUAUACGCAUAUGCCUAGCCAAGUGAAGUGGACAGCGCCAGCAUGGGACCAAUCCGACGCUAGACAGAGAUAGAUAGAUAAAUACACCUGACAAGCGCAACAAUAAGCGAAGCAACAUGGACUACGCCAAAGUGGAGGCCAGCAUCAAUACGGGCAACAUCAGCAAUGAUGACUUCCUGGCCGUAUUCUCGAGCGCUGCCACAAUAACAACAACAGCUGCCACAGCCGCAGCCGCAGCCGCAGCCGGAGCCGGAGCAGCAUCAUCAUCACUGGCCCAUGGCAAUCCGGCGGCCGCACUCAAUCCGCCGCUGGUGACAGUCGAUGGGCAGGUGCAGCUGCCGAAUCUGCUGGAGAUGCAGCCGCCAGUGAACGAUACCAUCUAUCUGCUGAAUGGCAGCCUCUACAACAACAGCCUCCAGCUGGCGGGCAGCUACUACAAUCAGACGACGGCCAAUAUGAGCAUGGGCCUGCUGGCCAACAGCAGCAACGGCACGGAGGUGCACUGGGAUGGCCGGUAUCCGAGCGGCUAUACGCUGACGCACAUUGUGAUCGCCUCGAUCAUUGUGACCAUACUGAUGAUCAUCAUUGUGGUGGGCAACAUGCUGGUGAUCAUUGCAAUAGCCACCGAAAAGUCGCUGAAGAACAUACAGAACUGGUUCAUUGCCUCGCUGGCCGUGGCCGACUUCUUUCUGGGCCUCAUCAUAAUGCCCUUCUCGCUGGCCAACGAGCUGAUGGGCUACUGGAUCUUCGGCAGCUGGUGGUGUGACAUACACUCGGCCAUGGACGUCCUCCUCUGCACAGCUUCGAUCAUGAAUCUGUGCCUCAUCUCGCUCGAUCGCUACUGGAGCAUCACCAAGGCCGUUGACUAUCUCAAGUCGCGCACGCCCGCCCGCGCCGCCGUCAUGAUCACCGCGGUGUGGAUAAUGUCGGCGCUGAUAUGCAUUCCCCCGCUGCUCGGCUGGAAGGUCAAGAUGCCCGAGGGGCCGCUGCCCAAGUGUGAGCUAAGUGAGGACAUUGGCUAUGUGCUAUACUCGGCGCUGGGCUCCUUCUACAUACCCAGCUGCAUAAUGGUCUUUGUGUACAUACGAAUCUACUUUGCCGCGAAGGCGCGAGCGAGACGCGGCAUUAAAAAACAUCCGCGCAAAACAAACAACGAACAGGUAACGAGCUUCACCACCGCCAACAAGAAAGGAACAAUACCGAUGCCAUCCUCCAGCGGCGCCACGCAGCUGCAGCUGCACCAGCAGCGACAAAUAGCCACCAUUGAGACCCCACCGAACAGCGCGACGAUGCCGAUGCAAAUACCGACAGUCACCAUGGACCUGGCCUCGGACAUAUCCACCUCGGAGGCCGGCGAGCUGGAGGCCGUGGCCGCCCAGACGGUGCUGGCCUAUGCCAAUCCCAAUGGUGGCUCCGGCUCAGCCACAGCGCUAGGCAGUGCUCCCUGCUCGCCGAAGGAGACACUGCAAGUCAGCACCAUUGCCACGGGCCGUGGCAUCGGACUCAAUGUGCCCGUGCCGCCGUCCAUGGGCAGCAACAACUCCAUCAACGUGCUGAACAACAACAAUGGGUGCGUGGCCAGCGAGGGCGUGGCUCGAGCCAACGCGCUGGCGGGCAACAGUGGGGCGACUGCAGCGAGUGGAGCGAGCGGUGGUGCUACUGGUGGUGCUGGCACGGCUAGCGGCAACGAGCUGCGCGUCUCGCCCGUUGCCGGACGCUGUCGUGCCCUCUCAGUGGGCGUGGACACGGAUAUGGUGAGUGAAUUCGAUCCUUCCAGCUCGGAUUCGGGCGUGGUCAGCCGCUGUGCGGUAGUUAAGCCGCUCAAGUUUCGCCUUUGCCAGCCCAUCUUCGGCCGCAAAGCGAACCAGCAGCGCCGCAACGAGGCCAAGGCAGCCACCGUGGCGGCCAAGAACAACGCCGCGGCGGCGUCCAAGUCGAAGGAGCUAGCCGCCAAAACCGAACUCGAACCGGCCAUACCCAAAACACCAAAGCCCCGCGAUCCGGAGAAGGAGAAGCGACGCAUCGCACGCAAGAAGGAGAAGCGGGCCACGCUCAUACUGGGCCUGAUCAUGGGCAGCUUCAUCGCCUGCUGGCUGCCGUUCUUCUUUCUGUAUAUCCUGGUGCCCGCCUGUAGCAACCACUGCAAUAUACCGGAGUCGGCGUUUGCGAUUGCCUUCUGGUUGGGCUACAUGAACUCGGCGCUGAAUCCGGCCAUCUACACCAUAUUCAACAAGGACUUCCGACGCGCGUUCCGGCGCAUCCUGUUCAAGUGAUGUUUGGCCUACGUGUGCUGUUACAGGUGCGUUUAUGCGAGCAUCGAGAAGGCUACCGAACGUGCCAUGGGCAGCACACCCAUGGGCUAUGGGCACGGCAUGUAUCAGCAUUACAGACGUUAGUUUUGCUUGGUUUAUGGGGGCAUGCCCCUCUACCCUCUACACUCUACCCACUACCAGUACGGGGUAUCAUACUCUAAGCAUAUUAAGUUUACUAUUCAGCUCAACAGUUUUUGUGGCUCACUUUAGUUAAUCAUCUGUUAUUUAGAUUCAAUUUUUGCUUUAAAGUAACGAACAUUGUAGCUCAUGUCAAAAGCAAUGAACGGCUGUGAAUUUGAUGGAAUCUCUCAAUUUCAAUUUUGCAACAAUUUUUAGUUUAAUUUUCAACUGUGAACUUGAACCACAGCUGCUGCACACACACACACACAUGAACUCACUUAUCCGACCGAGAACAGCCCUCGAGCUAAGCAAACACAAGCUUCAUCUAAGCAAACAUCUUUUAUGCACACUCAAUGGCCAUUCAACUUGAUAUUAUUGCACAAAUUUUCCAUUCCAAGAGCACAAACUGCGGCUGCAUUUCAAUGCCAAAAUGGGCUGAAAACUCACCCAGCUUUGCCUCAAUGUGUCAGCGUGGUCAGGUGAAAAAUAAGAUGAAGAUGAAGAUGAAGAAGAAGAAGAAAAGACAGCAGCACGAAUUGGGAUCAAAACACGAAAAACAUUCAGUUUGGCUGUCAAGUAAAUGUCACCGAAUACAUGACGAUCUGACUGGAUGGAUAAAUGCUGUGCUUCAAAUUAAUCUGUGUCUGCCCCAUGCUAUGCCUCACCCUGCGGGUACCCUGAAAAUUCAUCUAAAAUACGUUUCUCUGAGCAACCAGAAGUGUCACACUUUUUGCCUAUGCAAUUCAGCUUCGCUUUAUAUAUUAAAUUUAUUUUUUAACUGAUUAAUUGCUGCAAUGACAAAUACUUGCAUACUUAAAUACAUAAAUAGUUGAAAGUUCAAUUAAAAAAUAUAAUUUUUAGCCAUGUCAGCAGAGGUUUGAUUCACAGUCAAUAUCAGUUAAAAGUUAAAUUUUAGAUUUAUUUUCUAGCCAUGGCAAUUCAAUUUUCGAGUGACUGAUGAAAUGUCACAGUAUAGUUUCUGGCAUUAUAAGUUUGUUUACAUCAACAUCAUCCAUUCAGUCCUUUGAUGCUGUUGUUGAUGUUGCCUUGGCCCAUUUUGCUGAAAGGCGCCUAAGUGUUAAAAUAAUUCAAAGAACACAAACACUCGCAAAGCAGACGCUGUCAUUUCAUAUGGCACACAGUAAGAGAUAUUUUAUACAGAGAUAGAAGAAUAGCCACAAAAAGCUACAACUAAUGGGCAUGCACAGAUGUGCUAUAGCCGCCUCCCUACCACUUUAGAUGCCAUAAUUUUCGAUGUUGUUUUGUUUUGGUUUUUUCUCUCAUCUUUUGCAUUUUUGGCUGUGCAUCAGCAAAUGCAUGCGCCAGUCGCAGGAAUAAACGACACGUCAUUCCGCCAGACAGACGGACAGACAGUCAGUCAGCGUGAGAGAGAGAGGAAGAGAGAGAGAGAGAGAGCAUAAAACUGAAGGCAACGAAUGUUUUGGCAUGAGGCCCAUUUCUACUCCCCAAACAUGUUCUCUAUGGCCAAGAGCAAAGGCAUAGAGAACUAUGCAUAAAUUUCAGCAGCUAUGUACAUGAGUUUUUCAUAUUUCAGACACUUUGCGGUUAGUUGCACCUAAAUUUAAGAUGCGUGUCUCUGGGAGAUGUAAUCGGCUUGUUCCAUGUCUUGAAUUUAUGGCUGCUUUUAGCUCUCGUCGUUGCUCGGCUUUCAACAUAUACCGCAAAUGUAUUAGAUUUAUUGGCCAGGCCAUUUAUUUUGGGGCACACGCAGGCUAAGUGCCGGCCGACUUUAAAUUGUUCAGAUGCUCAUAAAUAAUGCACCAGCCAAAUCUGUCAGUUACCGAAAAGCAACAACAAAACAAACAUUGUAUAUUUUUUUUUUUUUUUUUUUUGUAUGGGCAUGAGAACAAGGGCUUUUCUUUCCAAUCAACAUGCAAUUUUUAUGACACGCACACAAACACACAGACUUACAGCGUGAUUGUCAGCAACAACGGUGUGUAUAGCAACUGCACUUAAAUGACAAUUUCAACAAAAUGAAGGGACAACAACAACAGCAACAACAAAACCCAAAAACAACAUCAAAUGGCUGUGGGUAAAAGCUCACAUCGAAAACAAUUGAAAUCGAUGGCAAGGCAGGAGCAGUAGGAGUGCAGCUGGCAACCACAGCUACAUUUAAAUGUAUGGCACUGACACACACACACACACACACACACGCCUAGUGCACUUAACUGCACUUUGGUGCGACACAGCAAGGAUGAAUGCCAAACGUUGGCUGCAACACAUUUCUUUAGCUAACUUUGGUUUUUGCUGGGACAUCGAAAUUCAUUUGCGCUUUAUGUGUCGACCGUCAGCAACACGAAAAAUCAGUUAGCAUUUUAGUCGGGCUUGACCGACUGCUGUGUACCUGUACGACAGACAUUAUAUUAUUCAAAGCAUGAAUGAGUUUAUUCAAGAAAGAAAUAAAUGGUAUGUAAAUCAAGUUCAGUUAUAGUCUUGAUCCUAUUAGACAGGCUGAUGUUUCCUUUUUUUUUAUACCCUGAUUUAUAUUGGUUUUUUAUAUUUGUUUGCUAUAUCCUCUAUAUAGGGAUACAUAAUGUGAACCCAUUGAAAAUGGAAACUCAGCUUAUAGAAGGAGGCAUUUCAGAGCCUACAAAAUAUAUAUGUUCCUGAUCAGCCUGGUUCAUCUGUCUGUGUUUCUAUAUGUCUAAGCCCGACGAUCCCAGAAGUUAGAAAAGCUAGAGAUUUGAAAUUUUGUUUGUAGGUUCGUAUAUUGCACGCACAGAUUGACUUUCUUUCCAAUACUCGAUAACUACUCCCAUUUCUUUAUUAAAAGUUAAUCUCCUACAUCUUAAGAGCUAGUCUUCAAAUUUUAAAUAUAGAUUCAUUUGUGUUUUAUAGAAUUUCAAUUGCUUUUGUUAUCCAAAACGUAUUUUGAAAUACUAAAACCUUGUUUCGCCUAUUUUUAGUAUUUUCCUACAAUUGACAUGGAAUUUUCUUAAAAUUUAAUUUAAAACCAAUGUGCAUUGUUUUAUUGUUACUUCGAUUUACGCAUUGUUUUCAACAAUUUUCAACAAGAAUGUCAACUCUGAGCGUAUUGACACUUUAUCACACAAUUACGCAUACUUAUUCGAAUUAAAAUUAUGGUUGAUUGUGUAAUUAGCAUAAAUUAAAUGCAGCGCAAACACAUGAACACCAAAAAAAAUAGUCAAGUACUGCAAAAGCAUUUGCAUUAAUGCAUAUAAUUCAAUUAUGCGCGCUUUUUAUGCAAGUGCUGGGCACACUUCAAUUGUUUUCAGUGCCUUAAUUAGCAUUCGAUUGUUUGUUAGAUAAAAAAAAUAUAAGCAAACACAAAAUUCAAAUGAAUAAUUUCAUUUAGCCAAAUAUUUGUGGAAUU